UCACUCGCACGCUCUUCCUCCUGGCCUCCUCCAUUGUCCCUUCCUCUCUAUCUCUGUCUCUCUUCUCUUAAACCCCGACAUCACACGCACUCACGGAGUCCUAAAGAAUCUCCCAACAAAAAACCUCUGCUUCCAAAGCUUAAACCCCACCGCCAUGGACUCCCUCCAAGCCACCUACAGAGACGACGACGAAGAUGAAGACGAAUCCGGCCAUCGCACCACCACCAAACCACCACCGGCCACCUCCACCGGGUCGCCCUCCACCACUGCCAGCGAACCCCAAAACGGCUCGAAACCGGACCCCGUGACCUCCGACUCAGACGACCCCAAUAAGUCCCCCAGAUCCGCCCACAACGACAACGACAACAACGCCACCGAAAACGACAACGACACUACAACCACCAACACCACCACCAACAACAACGACGACGAAGACGAGGACGAAGAGGAGGAGGACGACGACGACCCUCCACCCAAGAAGCAGAAACCCCUCUCCUCCCUCACCACAACCCAGCCUCCAAACCCCGAUCAGCCACCACAACAACAACCCAAUGCCGCCGUUAUAGCCACCACGCCCGCCCCUCCGACCACAACGACGGCAAAGAAAUCGAAGAAGAAGAACAAUAACGUGUGGGUCACCAAGUCGACCCGCAAGGGCAAGAAGAAGAACAAGUCCAACAACCAUCACAACGCGCCUGCCGAGGACACCGUCCUCAUCACCCCGGUCCAGAAGUUCCCGGACAAGUCCGACGACACGCUGGACAUGAGAAUCUGCCUCUCCAAGAUAUACAAGGCCGAGAAGGUCGAGCUCAGCGACGACCGCUUGAGCGCCGGGAGCACCAAAGGGUACAGAAUGGUGAGAGCCACCAGAGGGGUCGUGGAGGGCGCGUGGUACUUCGAGAUAAAGGUUGUGAGGUUGGGUGAGUCCGGGCACACCCGCCUCGGCUGGUCGACGGAGAAGGGGGACCUCCAGGCGCCGGUUGGGUAUGACGGGAACAGCUUUGGGUACAGGGACAUUGAUGGGAGCAAAGUGCACAAGGCAUUGAGGGAAAAGUAUGGUGAGGAGGGGUACAAAGAAGGUGAUGUUAUUGGGUUCUACAUUAACUUGCCGGAGGGCGGGUCAUACGCGCCUAAGCCGCCCCAUUUGGUUCUGUAUAAGGGGCAGAGGUAUGCUUGCGCACCGGAGGCCAAGGAGGAAGCCCCCAAAGUGGUGCCCGGAAGUGAGAUAUCUUUCUUCAAAAACGGGGUUUGCCAAGGGGUUGCUUUCAAGGAUCUAUAUGGUGGUCGCUACUACCCGGCUGCUUCAAUGUAUACUCUUCCAAAUCAGCCAAAUUGUGUUGUCAAGUUCAACUUUGGCCCUGAUUUUGAAUUCUUUCCUGAGGACUUCAAUGGGCGUCCCUUGCCUAAGCCCAUGGUUGAAGUUCCUUAUCACGGGUUUGAUAACCGAGUUGAAAAUGGAGUGUCAAAUGAGAAGAAACAUUAGCCAGCAAAUGGUACCUUUCAACGUUAACACUCGCGAAGCUGGGAGAUGGAUCUGAGUUUAACAUUCUGGUGUAAUUUUAGUUGUUACUGACAAAUUAUUUGGUGACAUUGUAAACUUGACUUUUUCUAUGGAAGAAAGAAAAUCUGCAUGUUGAAUA